CCCUCUCCCCCCUCUCCCCCCAAAAUCCCCCCCAAUCGUCCUCUCUCAUGCCCCGAUCCGCCAUUGUUCAAGAGUACAACCCGACUCCAACCCUCACGGUCGACCGCAAAACCGCCGAGCAUCAACAUGAAGGCAUCAUCGCGCGUCCCUCGGGGUAUCGAGUGUCCUGGCACGCCAACCCAGCAGUAGAACCCCACCACUUCGGCCAGUCGCACCCCAUGAAACCAUGGCGACUCACCCUCACCAAGCAACUGGUGCUCGCGUACGGCAUGCACCACGCAAUGGACCUAUACCAUGCGCGCGCAGCCACGACCGAGGAACUCGCCGACUUCCAUACGUCCGACUACCUGGACUUUCUCCAACGAGUCGUCCCCGGCGAUAUGGAGAAACCCGAGCUCGGCGAGAAAGUCGCGCGCUUCAACUUCGGCGACGACUGUCCCAUCUUCGACGGCCUGUACCAGUACUGCUGCCUGUACGCGGGGGGGUCGAUCGACGCCGCGCGCAAGCUCUGCAACAACCAAGCAGACAUCGCAAUUAACUGGUCGGGCGGCCUGCACCACGCCAAAAAGGCCGAAGCCAGCGGCUUCUGCUACGUCAACGACAUUGUGCUGGCCAUCCUGCAGCUCCUCCGCCUCCACCCGCGCGUCAUGUACAUCGACAUCGACGUCCACCACGGCGACGGCGUCGAGCAGGCCUUCUGGUCCUCCGACCGCGUCCUCACCGUGUCCUUCCACAAAUACGACAAGGAGAACUUCUUCCCGGGCACGGGGCCCCUCGACAGCACCGGCCCCACGCACCCGCUCAACCCCGGCGCCCACCACGCCGUCAACGUGCCCCUCCACGACGGCAUCGACGACGACUCUUACGUGCAGCUCUUCCACGAGGUCAUCGGCACCUGCGUCGAAGUGUACCGCCCCGCCGCCAUCGUGCUGCAAUGCGGCGCCGACUCCCUGGGCUGCGACCGCCUCGGAUGCUUCAACCUCAACGUCUCCGCGCACGGGGCCUGCGUCGCCUUCGUGAAAACCUUCAAGCUGCCCCUCCUGGUCGUCGGCGGCGGCGGCUACACCCCGCGCAACGUCUCCCGCGCCUGGGCCCACGAAACCUCCAUCCUCAUCGACGCCCAGGACGUCAUCGACCCCGUGAUCCCCCAAUCCGUCGCCUUCCGCAACCACUUUGGCCCCGAUUUCUCCCUCUUCCCGCCGCUGUCCGAGAUGCGCAAGCUCGAAAAUAAAAACUCCCGCGCGUACUUGGCCCAUGUGCUCCAGACCGUCCGCGAGCAGCUCCGAUAUGUCCAAUCGGCCCCCAGUGUGCAGAUGUCCAUGAUUCCGCCGGAUUUGUUGGGUCUGAGAGAGGAUACAGAGGACGAGAUCAAGGAGGAGAUUGCUCGCUUGGAAGAGGAGCGCGACGACCAGGGAGGUGGUGGUUCCAUGGGGAAAUCUUCUCGACGACGUGAUGCCGAGAAGGGCAGUGGUCAGCGCGGGGAACUAUAUUCUUGAUUUUUUUUUUUUUU